AUGCGACUUCGUGAUUUGCUGUUCCUGGUGGCGCUAGCUGCCGUAACUUCCGCCCAGUCGCCCAGUGGCCCCACGUCUGCAACCACUUCCAAAUCCUCCGCUUCUACUCCCUCACAGUGUGAAAUCUGCCGCGAUACGGGCGAUUGCUCUGAGGCAUACAGAGGAGCUGCCGGCAAGUUUUGCCACUCGUGGCUGGACCCAUCCAGUAACCGCCGCGCUUGUUGCUGCCCUGCCAGCGACGUCUGCUCCUCGGAAAACAAUUACGAGUGCACGUGUCAGCGCAAGAGCAAGAGCAAAAGCUACUGGAUGUGGAUCGGCCUCGGCGUCUUCAUCGUCGGCGCGCUGAUCGGGGGUGGUGUGUUCAUGGCCAUGCGCAAGCGCCGCAUACAACAACGUGGUGACGGUAAUUGCCCAGGUGAGGUUGGCGUGACCUACGCUCAGCAGCCCGAGUAUAACCAAGGCGGAUAUACUCAGCAGGGACACGGACCGGGAGCGUACACUCAACCAGUGUAUGCACAAGGAGGCUAUGCCCAACCUACUUACGUCCAGCCAGGAUAUGAUAAUAGAGGCUACGGGGGUGAUGACCGACAUGGUGGGCGUCGUGGUAUGGGCACAGGUGGUGCCGUGGCUAUGGGCGCUGCUGGAGGUCUUCUGGGUGGGCUUCUAAUUGGAGAAGCUAUAGGUGACAUGAAUAGCGGCGGUGGUGAUUUGGGUGGCGGCGGUGAUUUUGGUGGCGGGGAAUUUGCAGGAGACUUCUAG